CACUCGAACGGAGCAUUAUUCUGUAAAGUCGCACAUGCGUAGAAUAUACUGUUGUUAACAAACAUGAGUGCUAUCAAGGCCGUUUGUGUUUUGCGUGGGGAUGGAGAAACAAGUGGAACGAUUACUUUCAAGCAAACGAAUGCCGAUGGUCCAGUAACUGUUGAAGGAAGUAUUUCUGGUUUGAAACCCGGAAAACAUGGAUUUCACGUUCAUGAGUUUGGUGAUAACACAAAUGGUUGUACCAGUGCAGGUGGUCAUUUCAAUCCAUUUGGUAAAGAUCAUGGGGCACCUGAAGAUGAAAAGAGGCAUGUUGGAGACCUUGGCAAUGCAGUAGCAGAGGAGAAUGGAGUGGCAGAGAUUAACAGGACUGACAAGUUAAUUAGUCUGACAGGGGCCAACUCCAUCAUAGGCAGAACAAUUGUGGUUCAUGCCGAUAUAGAUGAUCUUGGUAAAGGAGGUCAUGAGCUAAGCAAGACUACAGGCAAUGCUGGAGCCCGACUGGCUUGUGGUGUCAUUGGCAUUACAAAGUAAACACAAACCUUAUCCCAGUCCCUUGAUGGUAGCAUCGUGCUGGGCUGCAUGUGCGCACUGGUGAUUGACUACGUGUGUUGGAGAGGCAGUAUUCCUGGAAACCCGGGUCUCUUACAUUGUUGUAUGUUGUUUGUUAGUACUCGGUAUGUACAGUACUCAAUAAGUAAUCAAGGGGGUUAUCCUAUUUAAAUCAUGAAGCUUUUUGUUAUUUUCUAAACAGAAUUUGUGUUGAAAUCUGUGUCUUUUUUUUUUCUUUUUUUUUGUGAUGAAUGUAAGAAUAAUUUGUAAAUGGUUCCAUGUUUGUUUUCUCUUUACUAGGAAAGAUCUUCCCAUUCAAGCACAAAUAUUAUUUGUGUGGAUGAACUAUUUCUCGUACUUCGUACAUGAAUAGUGGAAACUACAUAGAUUUGUUUAUUUCAUUAUUGUUCAGUUAUUUACUUCCUGUCAAUUUCAUUCAAUGUAUGAUCAUGUUGUCUUAUGCCUUGGAAAUUACCGUUUUAACUAUUUCACACAUGCACAUGUAUGUUAAAGAAUCAUGAAAAAAAUUCCUUUAUUCUGAGUUAAUAUAGUUGCAGGUUUGUUAGUUCGACUUGAUGCUGGCAUUGUGAAAGCAAUUUCAACUUCAGCUGCUUUGUGUGACUUUUUGUCUGCUAAAUACAAGCGAACUAAUUUAGGACUCUAGUUCAAAGAUUUUGUAGGGAUUUAUCUUCUUUAUCAUUUUUUUUUUCAAAUCCUGGAUGGUAACAGUUAUUCAAAGACAGUAAACUCUCUAUAUCUGGUGGUUUGAGAUGUCGUUACAUUUGAGAUAAUUAAACAGGUAUUUUGUGGAGAAAAAAACGUGUGUAUUUUGGAAUAGGGGGAUUUCAAAUCAAUUUGUUUCAUCCAGUAUUAUUUGGUUGCAAGAAAAUCAGUUUAAUAAUGAAUAUUAUUGCAGAAUUUUAAGUGCUAGUAGUGCUACUGAGGGUGGGGUUUUUUUUAGCUCCGCUAUGACGUUUGUCAUCUCCUAGAGUUUUGAUUGGAUAAUUAUUUUGAUCCUCUAGUUACUCCUCUGUUACACACUUAAUCCCAAACGGUGUCAGCCUCUUUUGACAAUACACACUUUCAGAGGCCAUCACUUUCAAGCAGAUUAAACUACUAGUAUUAAUACUUGGCAAUAUCGGUUAUAACAACUAAUUACUCCUAAGUUGUAACAAUAUAAAGUGUUUGUGUUUUAAGUUAAAAGAAACAAAUUAAUGCAUUCCAAAUUUUGUCAGAUAAUUGGUUUAUAAUGAUCAGACGAAAAUAAUAGAACUAAAAUAUGCUUGUCUAUUGGGUUUCAAAUAAUUUUAUUUGAAAUUUCAACUUCAAGAAAUGUAUACAAAAUAUAUGUUAUUUGGGACUAUAUACGUGAUUUGAGAUGAGUGUAUUUUUAUAGAUUAUCUCGGGACACACUUCUUCCUUCAACAUUUGACAAAAUAGAGUUUGACAUAGAGAAUUUACUGUACUUAGAAUAUUUUUCUUAUGUUUAAAAAAAGAAAGUAUUUUAAAGGUAUGUAUGCUGAAUAAAGAUUGUGUAAAAGAA